AUGUUACCAACGCGGUCGAGAAAACAUCGCUAUUUCUCCGGAGUGACUUUCGGAAGCGUGUCCUCCGAAGAAAAGUCUAAGACAAAGAGGAGCAGAGAAGAUAACUCCGCGAAAGAUGUUCGUGCGCAAGCAAUCACUACCUCGAGAAUAUAUCCUGUAGUACCACAGAACGCUCAAGAGUUAGAGGGAACCGAUGUGUCACAAGGAUAUACUAAUUUUGUGUCAUCUAUCGUAUGUACGACUGUUAGAGCCGCUGGAAAUCUUAGCAAGAACUGUUCGACGGAAAUCAUCGAUGUCAAUGCAUUGGCUCAAAGAAGCAUAUCCGUCGCUGACCACAUUGAGAUUGUAGAAGUUGGAGGCCGACUCUAUUGUGUCGAUGGAUUUAUGAAUACACCCUGUUGGCUGAAGACAAUCGACAUAGCUCAAGAUAUUUCCAUGUGUAACGUUAAACUCACGAGUGCCAAAGAAGGGGUAUUUUUGAAAACUGUCAAAAGCAUAAAGGCGGGAGAGUCAUUACAAAUGUGGUUCACCGAAGAGAUUCUGCUCAUGUUGAAUAUACCCUUUCUACUGCCGAUGAAUAUUCGAAGUAACAAGAGCUAUAUAUGCCACAUCUGCAGCAGAAUCUUUGAAUAUCCGAACCCGCUGAAGCUGCAUAUAGCGCUGAAUUGCAAUCGAUUGAACAAGGCUCAUAUCUGGACGUACUUGGCGAAAGGAUUUGCCACUUUGGGCUCUUCGGGAACACGCCUAACUAGCAGUCUCUACCCACAGACGAGCUUCACGUUCGAACUGACCAGCCCCACGAUGACAUUGCCGGCCAACGUGCUCUCUCCGAUUCUCACAGAAACAGUCUACACCGGGGUGUCAUUGAGGAACGAUUCACCGUGUUCGAAUCAACCGUCGCCCCUAUCCUUGAGCCAGCUCUCCUCAAGUUCAUCCUCCAUCGAGACGCCGAAUCCAUUGGAUCAGAUGGCGCCCACCGAAGGACUGACCUCGAGACAUUCCGCUUUCAAACCUUAUGUACCUCGGGACAACGUUAGCAGAAGCCGAUUCGCGCCCUACAACGUGCGUCUACCCGCGGUGACGUCUUUGGAAACUGACGCGAUCGCUAUCGACAUGGAGACGAUCGUCAGCAACGCAGGUAAAUCCAAGGAGGGCCAUCGGUGUAUCUACUGCGGCAAGCUCUACUCGAGGAAGUACGGCCUCAAGAUACACAUCAGGACGCACACCGGCUACAAACCAUUGAAAUGCGCGUUUUGCGAACGCGCCUUCGGAGAUCCCAGCAAUCUCAACAAACACAUCAGGCUGCACACCGAUGGUGACACUCCCUACAAGUGUCAUAUAUGCAGUAAGGUAAUGGUCAGAAGAAGGGACUUAGAUAGACAUUUGAAGUCGAGACAUCAACGGAAGCAAGCUGAGAACGCCUCGGAGGAGUCUACCAGCGCAAUCGACACUGCUAGAACCAUAGAGAUAUAA